AUGUUACCCACAGACGGCAAGAUGGUCGAGAAAGACACGACACAAGACGCGACGGAUGUCUCCCAGGGAGACUCCAAGACGAUCCGGCACCGCUCUCACAACGGCGGGGGCAGGGACAUUGCCGCCCACCUGGCGGACCAGUUCGCCAACGAAACCGACUAUGAUCGCCGGGAAGAGGUCAAGCUUCGCUGGAAGCUCGACUUUCGACUUAUUCCGUUCCUGUGGCUUAAUAUCACGCUGCCUGCCAUGGACAAAAUUACGCCGUCGACGGGGGCGCUGUAUGGGAUGAGGGAGGACUUGGGGUUGAAGGGGGAUCAGUAUGCGUGGGUCGGGUCGGCGUUCUACUUUGGAUACUUGCUUUGGUGCUUCCCAUCCUCACAGAUCCUCCAGCGACUCCCGAUCGCAAAGUCCAUGUGCGCGGUCAUGAUCAUAUGGGGCUUCGUGCUCAUUGGCGCUGGGUUUUGUCGAAGCUUUAUCCCAAUGGUCAUCACGCGCGUUCUUCUAGGCGCCCUUGAGGCUCCCGUCGCUCCAGGGAACUUCAUCAUCAUGACGAUGUGGUACACCCGCGAGGAGCAACCCAUCCGAGCCGGCCUCUUCUACACCGGUCUGGCCACAAUCAUAACCGGCACCCUCGGCUGGGCCGUCGGCUUCCUCCCCACCCACGCCUGGCCCUCCUUCUUCUACAUCACCGGCGCCAUCUCCAUCCUCUACGGCGUCCUCGUCGGCGUCUUCCUCCCGGACAACCCCGUCGGCGCCAAGUUCAUCACGCCGCGCGAGCGCUUCGUCGCGAUCGAGCGCCUGCGCGCCGACCAGCUCGGUAUCGAGAACAAGACCUUCUCCGCGCGCCAGCUGCGCGAGACGCUGCGCGACCCCAAGACCUGGCUGAUGUUUUUCUUCAAUAUCUGGGUGAGCAUCCCGAACGGCGGGCUGACCAACUUCGCGCCGCUGAUCGUCAACGGGCUGGGGUACUCGCCGCAGCGGAGCACGCUGCUGAUGAUGCCGACGGGGGUGGUGCAGACGCUGAGCAGCUAUGUGUGCAACUUUGGGGUGUAUGUGUGCGUGAGGCGGUUCAAGGGGCGCCAGUUGAGGGGGGCGUUUGUGAUUGGGGGGCUUGUGGUUGGGAUGGUUGCGACGGUGUUGUUGUAUACUCUGCCGCUGGAUAGUUACACGGGGAGGUUGUGGGCUUUGUAUUGGUCGUAUUUCUACCUCGGGCCAUACAUCGUUGCUCUCGGCAUCAACAGCGCCAACACCGCCGGCCACACGAAGAAGGUUACGACGAACGCGAUCGUAUUUGCUGCGUACUGCAUCAGCAACAUCAUCGGCCCGCAGUUUUUCAAGUCGUCACAGGCGCCGUUGUAUCCGCUUGGCAUGGGUGCUAUGCUCGUUUCGUAUGCCCUCAGCAUCUUUACGAUGGUUCUGUACAUGUUGUACUGCUGGAACGAAAACAGACGGAGGGAGAAACUUGACCAGGAUGCCGGGCGGAGGGUUCAUCUGGAUACAGAUUUUCAGGACUUGACUGACAGAGAGAAUAUUCACUUCCGGUAUGUGUGGUGA